CGAUCAUUCUGGGAGCUGAAUCGUCUGGUUCGGUUUGUUCGUUUCAGGGCUAGAUGGGGAGAAUUGCGCUCUCCCAUCUGCAUCAGCAUGGAACGCUGGGUCGAGGUUCUGGCGUGCGAAUGCGCGUGCUCCAUCUCCGUUCCCUACUUGGGAACACUUUCCGACCGAUUAUACCCAAUUGGAUUAUUCCGAUGAUCUCGCUACUGAUGCGCCGAGCUGGGUUGGGAGCUCGAACCCUUGGAAUAAUGUGAACAAUAUGCGCGCCUGCGAGGUUACACAGCUUACGUCAGCUCGGGAAUCGAACAUGCAAGUUUCAGUGGAAGUCGAAAGCAAUGGUCAUAAAUCCGAGGUGGGACCUGUCGACAUGGCCGGCGUACAUGCUCCUGCCCCUGUUCUAGUUCCAACUUCUAUUCCUGCUCAGGCCUGUCCUCGAGUUGUGCCCGAGGCCCCUGUUUAUGACAAAGAAUUAAAGCAUGAAGAUGAUACCACCAAGUAUACCAGUGAUACAGAUACCUUAAUCCUUCCAAAGGAGUCAUCCAAUAAUGUAGAGGAUACACCUGCCGCAAUGAACAUUGACGAUAGUAGUGCUCCGCCCACACCCAAAACUGGACGUGAUCUUGAAAGCAUCCCAGAACUCGCUCCAGUCCGCCAUACCCGUCCGUCCGACAUAGAUAUCCUAUUCGGUGCGCAAUCGCAUUACAUACCUGUCCUCAUCUGGGCACAUCGGGAGAGUCCCCUCUGUCCAGCCACACCGUCCCCAGAGAAUGUCUAUGCAUGCCUGGGAUACUUCUUUGUUGCCUCUAUACAGGAAGAAGUCGUCGAAUGGACUCGUGAUCCCCGUACGAGCAAGCUUUGGGGUUCCGUUCAGUGGCGUUUCAACUUAGGAUGGGCGCCUGGAGGAGAAGAGUUCCUUUUGGACAACCAUAUUCACGAGGGUACCUCCCCUCGUUCCACUCCUCCACAUGAAUUCGAAAGUGCGCCUGUAGCACCUCCUGAUAUCAUGCGUCCAUGGUGGCGCUCCUCAGAAUCGCCGAGUAUUGGAUACCAUAUCCAAAACCUCAGGCUUCGGUACUAUAGUUACCUCCCAUAUGAUAUCCUGGGUCCGUUUCAUCCCAACGAAUGUUCGUUCUCCAGAGGUUGGUUCUGUCGUCGGUGUGGGCUUGCGAAUGCCCCACUUUUUCUCCGGCAUUGGCAAUGUCAGAGUGAGAUCUGUAUGACAAAGGAGGCCUUUCCUCUGGGAAAGGUGGUCCCCUUACUGUCCGUCCGAGAUCCACAUGCCAGGUUGCCAGUUCCUCUCCCAUUAAACCACGUUCCACACUGUCUUGACGUCAAAAAGGAGACAUGGGAAAACGGGAUGUUAUCUUACACAUACGUAUUGCGGGAAAAUGUGCAGGCCGUAUAUAUGUUUACGGCGAAUAGAGAGGAAUUGCAGCAAGAGGCGACAACGUUCUGGGAGGAUGUUCAGAGGGAUGUCAUACUGCGCCGCGAGAGCACUGCGACUCCAUUUUUCACCUAUCUCACCAUGACUAGCAGCUGGGGUCGCAGUACGGAUCUACAUGGGUCAAUUAUGUUGACGGAUGUACCGGAUUGUAUUGUCCGUGCACGCAAUCAUCUCCUGCAGAUCACCGAGAAAUAUGGCAUGGCCAUUCGUCCGCGGUUCGAUCGGCUAUCCGUCGUUGGGUGGUACACGAGCGGGAGGAGGAAAGUGAGUCUUGCAAGAGAAAGGUUACAGUUUAUGUACGACGGUUUUUUGACUUUGUGCUACGAUUCUUAACUGCAGUGGCCAAAUGUCCUCGGCGCAAAGGAGGGCCCAGUGACGGUCCUGUGUCUAGGCGCCGACGUCGUCCUACACUUGUCUCCCCGAGGGGG